AGAUGUGACUCGUUUUGUAUUCGAGUGUGAUAUUUAAUAAAGUUUAGCUUUGGAGACAGUAAACGUUAGAUAAUUUUAUUGAAUUUGAGUUACUGUUAAGCUUGCCGAUUUGAUUAGUUUGAAAUAGGAAUUUGAAAAUUCGAAAUUUAAGUCUUAAAGUUGCAUAUUGAGAAGUAAUAGAAGCAGAAUGCAAAAAAUGUAAAGCUGCAUUCAUGAUACAAGAACAAAACUUCAAAAAAUCACAGAAAGUUUCAAAUUUAUUUUAAAUCAAAAAAAAAAACUUGAAAAAAUCAAAAAAAAAUUCGUCUAAUCCUAGUCAGCUGUUCAUAAACAUAUCAUCUUCUUGGUUAAAGCUCAACAAAAAAUAAGCACAACAAAUCUAUUCCAAGGUCGUCUAUAGACUAAAAUGUCAAAAUGUUAACAAAAAGCGGUUCUCGUACUAUAAAAAUAAGUCAAACAACUUUAAUUUUUUUUGACGUAAAUUUGAAUCCUGCUUUAACAAUAGCAAGAUUUUGAGCGAUUAUGGUGAAAUAGUUAAGUUUAAAGUUAAAGAAACUAUUUUUGAUACUAGUUGUUUAUUUAGUUUUAUGACAAGUUGAGAAAAGGAUAGUCAAGCUUAAUAAAAUAUAGAAAAUAUUAAAGAUUAAAAUUUUUUAUCAAAGUUAAAAAAUGCUGAUAAAUUUACUGCGCUGCAAUUAAAAUUAAAAAUCAAUAAAUUUGUGAAUCACCUCAAAAAUCACAGUCAAUCACAUAUAACGAAAACCUGAUACUAUCAAGCUACUGUGCACAAUAAAAAAUUUGCAUUUAAAUAAAUUACUUUGCAUAUCUAAUUUUGUUAUGCUGCAUCUAUGCAGACCAAGAAGAAUGUGGACAAAAAGACAAUUUUUAAUUAAACUUCGGAAAAUUAAUUUACUUAAGUCUCCUCGCUUUGUCAUCGAGACAUCAAUUGUAUUUUUCCUAAUAUUCUUCUUCACUCUUAUGGUAAUGAUGAAGGUUAUCGAAUACAACAACGAACCGCUACGCGUUGACCAAAACUUUAUAUAUUUUGAACCAUUGUCAUCAUUUUUUCGAUCCGAACAUAAUAAAGGGAAUAUAAAAGUUGAUUGGCAUGACUAUAUUGCCAUCAAUCUAGAAAAGUCACGUACUGGACCUGGUGAGAAUGGAAUGGGAAUUGAUAGUGUCCCUGAAGAUGAAGAGGAACUGAAUCAACGAUUGUUUGAUGAAAAUGGAUAUUAUGGACUAAUAUCUGAUAAGAUUUCAGUCAACAGGAGUGUUGUGGAUUUAAGACAUAAGGAUUGUUGGAAGAUUAGAUAUCUGAAAGAUUUACCAACAGUCAGUGUCGUUAUUCCAUUUUAUAAUGAACAUUUGAGUACUUUAUUGAGGACAAUCCAUUCAGUUAUUAAUAGAAGUCCACCAGAGCUACUUAAGGAAGUAGUUUUAGUCAAUGAUCGAUCAACCAAAGAAUUUUUAUACGAUGAACUCAAAUCUUAUCUAUCACAAAAUUUUCCAAAAAAUCUCGUCAAACUUUUUGAACUUCCAGCAAGGUCAGGCUUAAUUGCUGCAAGAUUAACUGGAGCACGUGCAGCAAUUGGUGAUGUUCUAGUCUUUUUAGAUUCUCAUACAGAACCAAAUGUAAAUUGGCUACCUCCAUUGCUCGAGCCCAUAGCCGUAAACUAUAGAGUCUGCACGUGUCCAUUUAUCGAUGUGAUAGAAUUUAAGACAUUUGAGUAUGUGAUUCAGGAUGAAGGAUCUCGUGGGGUUUUUGAUUGGCAUUUAAACUAUCGAAAAUUGGAGCUUCAGCCAGGCUUUCAAAAACGUCCAACAGAUCUAUUUCCAUCUCCUGUCAUGGCCGGAGGACUUUUUGCUAUUUCAGCAAAAUUCUUCUGGGAACUUGGUGGUUAUGAUAACAAAUUGGAUAUAUGGGGAGGUGAACAGUAUGAAUUAAGUUUUAAAAUAUGGCUCUGUAAUGGUGGUGAUGGUGGAAUCUACGACGUGCCUUGCUCAAGAGUUGGACAUGUAUAUAGAGGAUCGAUGCCAUUUGAGGAUGAUAGAAAAGGAACUGAUUUUUUGUCAAUAAACUAUAAGCGAGUUGCUGAAGUUUGGAUGGAUGAGUACAAAGAGUACGUCUAUAUGCGAAAUCCUGAACGUUAUAAGAAUGUUAAUCCUGGUGACAUAUCAUAUCAACAAUCUAUAAGAAAGAAACUACAAUGCAAACCAUUCUCAUAUUUCAUCAAUAAAGUAGCGCCAGAUAUGCUUGAAUACUUUCCAUUCAUUGACUAUCCAGCAUUUGCGUACGGAGCGAUUCAAAGUAUGUAUGAGCCAGAAAUUUGUAUAGAUACAUAUGCAAAGGAUACUGGAAAUGAAUUAGGAUUAUAUCCAUGUGCACCGGAUCUAGAGGAUCCACAAGAUACACAAUUUUUCACUCUUCGACACUUCCGUGAUAUUGAAAUAAAAAAUACAAUGUUUUGCUUCGAUAGAAACGAAAAAGGGAUGCUUUUAACAAACAUUUGUCAUCAUCAUCAGGGUAAUCAAUAUUUUCGUUAUGACAUGAAUACACAACAAAUUCGUUUUGGUGGUGAUAUGAAUGAUGAAUGUCUGGAUAUGGACAUUGAAAAGACUGAAGCUGGUGCAAUUUUUUUAACGAAAUGCGAUGAAAGUUCAUUGUCACAGAAAUGGAAAUUUGGAUAUAUGAAUGAGACGGCAUUAAGGUCAUGGACUGUUAGUGGAUUUGAUAUUUAUGAUCCAUAUGAGUACAGAAUUAUGAGACAAAAUGGAUUGUAGAAGAUGAUUUAGUUUAACAAUUCAAAAAAGUUAUUUCAAUAAAAGUUUUAAAACAUGAAUUUUAAUGCAAAUCUAAAUUUAAUAUUCAAAAGUCAGGAACAUUUAUAUCAUACCAAUCAAUUUGAUUCCCAUUGACCCUAUCAGUUUUAAUCAAAUAUUCCCCAAUAAAAC